AUGGCAGCCGUUGUGACAAAUCUCAGCGUUCCUCUCAUUGGCUGCGCGUCGAACCGGUGUAAUCUCGCUGUGAACUCAUAUCUGGAGGAGCACAAGACGACGGUGGAAGCGGUGAGCGCGCUGAUGGCCGCGCUGCGCACGGUAAACAACCGCGCCGCUCUACGCGAGCACACACCCCUGGCUCCAUUGAUGCCCCACGCGACUCGCUGGAGCUCUACGUACGACAUGGUGGCGCGCUACGUGCGUAUUCGCGAUGAGAUCAAGCAAGUGGACGCUGUGUUUGAUCUUAUCCCAAAGGCAGCAAUGCAUCGUAAGAUCGAGGCGCUUCUAGGCGAUCUACAGGUUUUUCAUAGCGUCACAAUCAAGCUACAAUCUAAAGACCUGUCGCUAGCCGACGUUCGCGUACUCUUCGACUCAAUUUUGCAGCGCUUCCCAUCGCUGACAUCCAAGCUGGGAGUAACGGCAUCAAUCGUCCUAUCUCCGGUUUUUGAGGCUGCUACCGUCAUUAACGGUGAAACCGGUCGUCUGACGACGAGUGAGCGCAAGGCCGUCAGCGACGGCCGGCCCAGGCCUCACUGGAAGAAAGCGCAAGAAUGGCGACGACAACGGGGAGGAGAAGACCGAGGAAGACGAAGACUUUGCGACGAUGGUGUUGAGGGCGAAGCGUGCGAGCGCUGUCGCCAGAGGCCGUCCCAAUAUUGCCAGCUCUUGGUAGAGUUGCCAACCACCAGCAAUCGCUGUGAGCGGCUCUUCUCGCAGGCGAAACUGGUGCUUUCUUCAGAGCGAGCGUCUCUCCUGUCGGUCAACUUCGAGAUGCUGAUGUUUCUGCGAGCCAAUCGGUCCUACUGGGGCGUGACGACUGUGCAAGAAGUGUUCCAGCAAAUGUAGGUUCAUGUAGUGUGCCUUUCAGCCGUUUUGGCGGGUAAGUCGCUAAUUCGUCCUGAAUUAAAAUAACCCUAUUCAUGUGAACCCAUC